CCUAACAAACCGCUCUGAAUGAAUUGAAGCCCUAUCUCAAAUCCUACAGUUCUUCCGAUUCCUCUCAGCUCCCACACUCUCAGAAAACAGGUCCAUGGACGGCGCUGAACCUGAUAUAAAAAGGCACCCCCAGGAAGUUGAUGCAGAAAAUGAAUGUCCAAUAUCACCUGGAGUAGUGAUUGAUAUGGGACAGGAGAGUCAGUGCACCAAGGAUUCCUUUGCUACAGACAGUAAAAAGGUCAUUGACACUGAGAAUGAGUGUACAAGCCAAAAUGUUUGUCAAAUUGACCGUAGUCAGGCGGAAAUUAAUGAUGAAUGCCAGACCUCAAAUAUUUCCCAUAUUGACAAAUUUCAUAUUGAUGUUGGUAGUGGACAGCCAUGUCAGAACCACAACAUUACCUCUGUUGAUAUAUCAAUGAACAAUACUGAUGUAAAAUAUGAGGAGGAAAUAUAUGUGGCACCAAAUAUUGGCAUGGAAUAUGAAUCAGAAGACCAUGCUUACAAGUGCUAUAGCAAGUAUGCUGUUUUGAAAGGUUUCAGCAUAAGAAAGGAUUUUGUCAACAAAAGUAGGAUAGAUGGUGCAGUGGUGUCCAGAAGAUACACCUGCUAUAGACAGGGUUAUCGUCCUAACAAAAAUACCACAAACCUAAGGAAAUUCCAGCAGGAAACUAGGACUGGCUGCUUGGCACAUAUGACUAUUGCUCGUCAGCCAAAUGGCAAGUUUCGUGUCACUCAUUUUGAAACAGAGCAUAAUCAUGAGUUUGUAACACCCUGUACUGCUCAUAUGUUGCCAUCACAGAAAAGAUUGAGUUUUGUUCAAGCAGUUGAAGCAAACAUAACUGAGUCUGGGUUGGAUGGGGUGCCAAAACUGGGAAUGGGAUUUGACUCAGAGGAGCAUGCUUAUGAAUUUUAUAAUAUGUAUGCUGGCCGUGUAGGUUUCAGUGUACGAAAAGAUUAUGUAAAUAGGAGUAAAGUUGAUGGUGCUAUAGCAUCUAGAAGGUUUACUUGCUUCAGAGAAGGUUUUCGGCAGAAAGACAAGCGGGACAUGAAUGUAAAGAGACCUCGGAAGGAAACUAGAAUUGGAUGUUUAGCACAACUGGUAAUUUCUCGUCAACCUGAUGGUAUGUAUCAUGUAACUCACUUUGAAGAAAAACAUAAUCAUGAGCUUGUUGCUGCAUGUAGAGUUCAUAUGUUAAGAUCGCAAAAGAGAUUAGCUGCAACUCAAGUUGAAAACAACUCUGUAGAUGGAUCCAAUGUGCUGCCGAAGUUGGCCUCUGAAUCUUAUUGCAAGACUACUGAAGGUUUUGAUGAUCUGGAUUAUGAUCCCAUAGGUUAUGAAUGUAAACUACCUUUCAAAUGUACCAGAGAAAUAAAGGAGGGAGAAAUUGAGAAGAUUAGGCAUCACUUUCAAAGCAAGCAAUCAAAGAAUCCUUCUUUCUUUUAUGCUUUCCAGCUUGAUGCUGAUGAUCAAAUAACAAAUAUAUUUUGGGCUGAUGCAAAGAUGAUAGUAGACUACAGUGAUUUUGGCGAUGUUGUUUGUUUUGAUAGUAGUUAUAAGUUUUAUAAGGGCUCCCGCCCAUUUGCACCAUUCCUUGGCAUAAAUAAUCACAAGCAAAUGAUUAUCUUUGGGGCUGCUCUUCUAUAUAAUGAAUCUGUGGAAUCUUUGAAGUGGCUGUUUCGAGUUUUCAUUGAGGCAAUGUCUGGAAGGAAGCCAAAGACAAUCCUUACAGAUCAAGAUGCAAUAACAGCUGAAGCAAUCAAUUCCAUAUUACCUCAAACAAAUCACCGAGUUUGUGUAUGGCAUGUCUACCAAGAAACCCUCAAGCAACUAAGUCAUUUGUCUGUUGGAUCUGGUUCUUUACUAAAUGAUUUGAGCAGCUGUUUUUUUUAUCAUGAGGAGGAGGAGGAUUUUGUUAAUGCAUGGAAUGCUCUCCUGGACAUGUAUGAUCUGUGGGAAAAUGAAUGGUUGCGUCAAAUAUAUGAAAGCAGAGAUCAAUGGGCCAUAGCUUACAGGAGACAUAUUUUUUGCGCAGACAUGGCAAGCAUGCUACUGAGAGAAAAUCUUACUGGCAACCUCAAAAAGCACCUAAAGAAUGACUCAGAUGUUCUUCCAUUUUUUAAACAUCUUGGGAAGGUGUUGACUGAUUGGCACUACAAGGAAUUAGAAGCAAACUAUGACAUGAGCCAACGCAUGCCAGCCCUAAUGGGGGAUAUCAUUACGUUAAAGCAUGUAAGAGAUCCAUACACACCAAAGAUAUUUGAAUUAUUCCAGAAAGAAUAUGAAGCAUGUUUAAAUCUUGUGGUAAAGCAUUGCACUGAGAGAGGAUCAUUGUAUAGUUAUACAAUUAGCGUAUAUGAACAAAUACGAGAGUAUUCGGUUACUUUUGAUUCAUCUAAUGGGACAAUCAGUUGCUGCUGUAUGAAAUUUGAAUAUAUGGGAGUCAUAUGUAGCCAUGUAUUAAAAGUUCUUGAUUAUAGGAACAUAAGGAUACUUCCAUCCCUGUACAUUUUAAAGAGAUGGACAAAAGAUGCUAGAGUUUGAAUUGUCAAUUUUUGGAAGCAAAUUUGAACAUGUCAUUAGAAGGCUGUUAACCAAGAUGUGGCUUCCAUUUUACUGAUAUAAGGUAGCAUUUCAGGACAUUGUAAACUUUAUUUAGAAUUA